GAGAUCAUCCCCCUCCUCCUCCUCCUCCUCCUCCUCCUCUUCUUCCUCCUCCUCCCCCCUGCGGUGCUUGGUGGUGGAGAAGAGAGUACGCGCUCGGCGGCGAAGGGAGAGAGUCUAGAGCUGAGGUGAUCUGACCCACCGAGGAGACGCAGUCAAUGUGGGAGCAAACCGAGAAGUGAACCGGUGUGAGAGCGAGGGUGGCGAGGAGGGACGAAGAGAGAGAGAGAGAGAGAGAGACAGAGAGAGAAGAGAAAAUAAAUCCCUCUCUGCUUUGCUUAUAGAUAGCCUGUCUGUUGCGCCGCAAAGAUGGGGAACCGGGGAAUGGAGGAAUUGAUUCCUCUGGUGAACCGCAUGCAGGAUGCCUUCUCCUCCAUCGGUCAAAACGCGAACCUGGACCUCCCGCAGAUCGCAGUGGUGGGCGGCCAGAGCGCGGGGAAGAGCUCGGUGCUGGAGAACUUCGUCGGGAAGGAUUUCCUUCCCCGUGGGUCUGGCAUCGUGACUCGUCGUCCUUUGGUUCUGCAGCUGAUGAACUGUCCCACAGAGUAUGCAGAGUUCCUCCACUGUAAGGGCAAAAAGUUCACAGAUUUCGAUGAGGUCCGGCAGGAGAUUGAGGCAGAGACUGACCGCAUCACCGGGGCCAACAAGGGCAUCUCCCCUGUGCCCAUCAACCUGCGGGUGUAUUCCCCUCAUGUGCUGAACCUGACCCUGGUGGAUCUGCCGGGGAUGACCAAGGUGCCUGUGGGCGACCAACCUGCAGACAUCGAGUUCCAGAUCAGAGAAAUGCUGAUGCAGUUUGUCACCAAGGAGAACUGCCUGAUGCUGGCUGUCUCCCCAGCCAACUCUGAUCUGGCCAACUCUGACGCUUUAAAGAUUGCCAAAGAGGUCGACCCCCAGGGUAUGAGGACCAUUGGUGUGAUCACCAAGCUGGACCUGAUGGACGAGGGGACAGAUGCUAGAGAAAUCCUGGAGAACAAACUGCUUCCACUCAGGAGGGGUUACAUCGGUGUGGUGAACAGGAGCCAGAAGGACAUAGAUGGAAAGAAGGAUAUUAAUGCUGCUAUGGCUGCUGAGAGGAAGUUCUUUCUCUCCCAUCCUGCGUAUAGACACCUGGCAGACCGUAUGGGUACUCCCUACCUCCAGAAAAUCCUCAAUCAGCAACUGACCAACCACAUCCGCGACACCCUGCCAGGUCUGCGAGCCAAGCUUCAGAGUCAGCUUCUUUCCAUAGAGAAGGAGGUGGAGGAGUACAAGAACUUCAGACCUGACGAUCCAUCUCGCAAGACCAAGGCUCUCCUCCAGAUGGUGCAGCAGUUCUCUGUGGAUUUUGAGAAGUGCAUAGAGGGCUCUGGGGACCAGAUUGACACGGCGGAGCUGUCAGGUGGUGCGAGGAUCAAUCGCAUCUUCCAUGAACGCUUCCCCUUUGAACUGGUCAAGAUGGAGUUUGAUGAGAAGGAGCUCCGCAAGGAGAUCAGCUACGCCAUCAAGAACAUUCAUGGCAUCAGGACGGGGCUGUUCACCCCUGACCUGGCCUUUGAGGCCAUAGUGAAAAAGCAGAUCCAAAAGCUGAAGGAGCCCUCACUGAAGUGUAUAGAUAUGGUAGUGAGCGAACUCACCUCCACCAUUCGAAAGUGUAGUCUAAAGCUGGCUCAGUAUCCCAUGCUGAGAGAGGAGAUGGAGAGAAUCGUCACCCAGCACAUCAGGGAUCGAGAAAACCGCACCAAGGCCCAGGUGUUGCUGUUGAUAGACAUUGAGUUGUCCUACAUGAACACCAACCAUGAGGACUUUAUUGGAUUUGCCAAUGCUCAGCAAAGGAUCAACCAAAUGAACAAGAAGAAGGCAGCUGGCAACCAGGAUGAAAUCAUGGUGAUCAGGAAGGGCUGGCUGACCAUCAACAACAUCGGUAUCAUGAAGGGAGGAGCCAAGGAGUACUGGUUUGUCCUCACCGCAGAGUCUCUGUCUUGGUACAAGGACGAUGAGGAAAAAGAGAAGAAGUACAUGCUGCAGGUGGACAACCUGAAGCUGCGCGAUGUGGAGAAAGGUUUCAUGUCCAGCAAGCACAUCUUUGCCCUCUUCAACACCGAGCAGAGGAAUGUGUAUAAGGACUACCGUCAGCUGGAGCUGGCCUGCGAAAGUCAGGAAGAUGUUGAUGCAUGGAAGGCCUCCUUCCUCAGAGCUGGUGUUUAUCCUGAACGGGUUGUGGACAAGGAAGGAAAGGGUGAUGGCGGUGACGAUAACAGCUCUGAAAACUUCAUGCACAGCAUGGACCCUCAGCUGGAGCGGCAGGUGGAGACCAUUCGCAACCUUGUCGACUCCUACAUGGCCAUUGUCAACAAGACUGUCCGCGACUUGAUACCGAAGACCAUCAUGCACCUCAUGAUUAACAAUUCCAAGGAGUUCAUCAACGCCGAGCUGCUGGCCCAGCUGUACUCGUGUGGCGACCAGAACUCUCUGAUGGAGGAGUCUCAGGAGCAGGCCCAGCAUCGUGAUGAGAUGCUGCGGAUGUACCAUGCCCUGCGAGAGGCCCUCAGCAUUAUCGGUGACAUCAGCACAAGCACCGUAACCACCGCCAUGCCGCCACCUGUGGACGACUCCUGGCUGCAGGUGCAACGGGGCGGCUCCGGAGGAAGGUCUCCAGCCACCAGUCCAACUCCAAACCGCAGGGCUCCGCCGGGACCUCCUGCCCGUCCAGGCUCCCGUGGGCCUCCACCUCCUCCUGCUGGGGGACCACCUGUCCCAUCUCGCCCGGGAGCUUCUCCUGACCCUUACAGUGGGCCGCCACCCACCGUGCCCUCCCGGCCUAACCGCGCACCCCCAAGUGUGCCCAGUCGGAGACCCCCGCCUUCUCCAACCCACUAGACCUCUGAGCUCCUCCCUCCCCUCCUCCGCCCAUCCCUCCUCCGGUGGACGAGAGGCCGCAGACAACAACAGCGCCACCUUCCUGACGUUUUCUGACCUCACCUGACCUGAGCUGGCUCCCUCACUCCUGCUCCUACUUCUCCCUUGCAACAAGCCAUGCCUCUCUCUCCCACCCCCCACCCCCACCUCUGUUUCGCACAGGGACGCAGAAUACUUGAAACACACCCGCAUGACUGACAUACGAACAUGCCGAACCCUCAGAAUUUAAAUAAACUAUGUGUAAAAUAUGACAUAACUGAUAAGAAACAAAUUGGUGAGUGUAUGCGCACAUAUGCAUGCACACCUGCUUACAUAAAUAUACACAUAUAUACACAAGCAGACACACAAGAUAUUUUUUUCCACCUUUUAAACUUAAGGGAGGAGACUUUUGCAACUUUUUGCAUGACACUUUGCCUGAGUAUUACAUCAUACUCCAGCAUUUCUAAUGAGUAUCCUGGCUGCUGACUGACUUAUUUUUCUCUUAUUAACAUUUGUUUUAUCUUUAUUUGUUUUAUUUAUUUUAUGUUUUUGUCUGAUUUACUUUUUAAAUAAAGAAAUACUUCACCAAAAAAUGCUAAGUUUUGUAUCACAGACUCACAAAUGUGGUAGCUAACAGCAAAACACACAGCAGAAUGUCUAUAAAAAAAAUCUUCAGUUCAGUUAUUUUGGAGACUUGGAUUAUGAUGCAGAAUUUUUGGUGGAGUAUUUAAGGGUGGUGAUGCAAGCUGAAGUGGACUGGACUGGAUAUUGCAUCUGUAUUUUUCCAUGUAAUUUCUGACUGUUGUAUUCAGGUUUUGAUCUGUAAUAGAGCCCCCCCCCCAAAAAAAAAAAAAAAAAAAAAAGAAUCACAGACAAGGACACACUUGAAUCACAUUAAAUCAAGUCCACUUGUACUUGAGAAGUAAACAUCCAAAGAGAAGAGCUGGUGCCACUCGCACAUUCAGUAUUUAUCUUAGAAGUUGCAAGUUGUGGGUUUUUUUUAGGGGGGGUCAGCUACACCCUCAGAUAUCUGGACAGACAGUUGGGGCCAGCUGUUCUUCAACAUUGCUUUCCCUCCAUCCUCCUCCUCUUUCUCCCUCUGCUGUAAAACAGGAGGAGCGAUCAUGUGAGGGACAAUCUGGACCCUUUUUUUUCUUUACCUCGCUGCCACUAAAAUUCACCUGUGUUUUCUUGUGUAAUUGAAUGGUUUUGGAGCGGACAGCCUAAUUAUUCACGACUGUAAUCUCGCACAGCUGUGUAACAACCAUCUCUUAAAACACUGCUUCCACAGAAACUAUGCAACAAACAAAAUGGUUUCCUAAUCUUUAAUCUUUUUUUUAAUGGGCUACUCCUGUAGCACUUUUCCCUCUUCCCUCUCCUCUUCACACAAACUUUGUUACUGUUUUAUCUCAUGGAGGCGGGAUUUAGAUAGAAAGGGUAAUAUAUAGGACAUCAGUCUGCAGACAGCUGCGUGCCACCAGUCAAUUAAGAACCAGAGAACAUUUUUAACUAAGAGGAAGGGAAUCUGUGGCCUGGGUUGCAGCCUGAGCUCCUUUUUUUUAUUCAGAAGGAAAUACUGGGGAAGGUUUUAAAUCAGCCUUGAUCACAUUAUGCAUCAAAUCUUCUGAAAUACUAACAGGAAAAACUUUCAGGUUGAUAAUCUGCCAUUUCUUUUCUGUUUUUUUCCUCCUUUUUGUUUCUUCUUUUCUUCCCUCUCUCAGUGGUCACGGGGGUGAGUGAGAGCACGAAAACAGCCACAGUCUAUGCAUAAAACUAUCAAACCCCACCCCACCACUUUUGCUGUGUGAGAGCCUGUGAGUUGAACCCCCUCGUCUUUUCGCCCUCCCCUCCGCCCCUCCUUUUACUACCGCCGAACUUCUGCCGUCAGCGUGAUGUGUGUCGUGUUUCACCCCCCAAUCACCCACCCACCGAGCAAAUAUUACAAACCCACCAGCCACGACAAAACCCAUCUCUGUACCUCAACUGAUGUCAUUUACAAACCCACCUGAAACACUUCAGUGACCCCCCCUCGUGCAUCUUAGACUGCAAAGCAAACACAGCGAAGCAUAUUCUACUUAUUAUUUAACAGUAAAUAGUUUAUUAUGGACAUAUCUUAAUGCGUUAUCCUGUAUAUGUGUGGUGCAUCUUAUGGGACUUGUACUUCCACUGUCUAGAGAUUUAGUCUGCAAUGUAUGAAACUGCUGAAUAUUUAAAUUAUUACGAAUGAAUAUGUGUAUAAGGACAUAAUAUUUGACAAACUUACAAAAAAUGUAUAAUGCAGUGAUGUAUAUGGACAUGUGCAGACUGUAGCAGGGAGAGGUUUUCUUUUUUUGUUUGUUUUGUUUUUCUUGUCUCUCUCUCUGUGUGUAGAGGAGCAGGGAUAUUCAGUGUGAGUGUGUGAACUCCUGCAGCAACCAAGUCCUGCAUCUUGUUGAGACUGAUUUGGAUAAAAGGAUGAUUUUACCCUGCAGGAUUGCUGUGCUUUGUCAACACAUUAAAAACCUCAGUGUA